AUGUAACUUAGUGAGCUUCGGCCAGAUUAGCACGUCCCCGGCUGACCAGGAAUAGUCGGCUUCGAAUUGCUCCAAAAGUCUCCGGUGCUUACGGGCCCGCCACCGAGCGAGCAGGAUGGAGGUGCCAGACUGCGCGGGCUGGCUGUGCUGAUGCCUAGAGGUCGUAUACCUACCUACAGAUGGGUAGAGAGCUCCUUUUUUCUUUCUCACGUUACCCACUUUGCCAGCAUCUGCUCAUCACAGCCUAGGACUUGGCGGGGGCCAGCACUGCCUUUUGGCGACACCUCGCGCGAGCACCAGUAGACCGCUAGCUGACGGGGCGCGGCUCACGCGAGUGAAACAACUACUAGCAUUGCCUAAGCCUCUCUCUGCCCACAUCGCUCAGUCCUUCGCGAACGGGACCCUGCGUGUCCCACUUCCUCUGACUGCUCGAAGCGGCCUGGCAGGAAAAGGCGAGAACGGGAGAACGGGGCGAGAACGGGAAGAGAGGGAACGAGACAAAAAAGAUAAGGCAGGAAACCUUGGGAAUCUAGGCGUUGGUGUAUAUCCUUGGCGCCAAUCCCGGGACUAGAGUUCUCACUGCGCUGACGUCCAAGAGAUUCGCCGAGCCUACCAAGGCGAUCAAGCCUACCUAAGCUAGUAACGGAAGUAGAAGCAGCAGCAGGAACAGCAGAAGCACCACCGCCACUACCACCACUACUACUAGCACCUGGGACGCCCAGACAUCAUGGCCGCCGAGAGCAAGGAGCCCGACGCCAGUGAGGACACUCUCACCGUGCAGCUGGGUGAGGGCGCCAGCGAUGGCGAAGACCGCGUCGACCCGAACGUCGUGGACUGGGACGGCGACGGCGACCCGGAGAACCCGUACAACUGGCCAGCGUGGCGGACGCGCAUGAACCUGAUCUUGAUCAGCUCCAUGACCUUCCUGACGCCCCUCGCGUCGUCAAUAUUCGCGCCCGGCGUGCCCCAGCUCAUGAGGGAGUUCGGCUCCUCGAGCCUCGAGAUCGCCGCCUUCGUUGUCUCCGUCUACGUCCUGGGCUUCGCCGCCGGCCCUCUCGUCAUGGCCCCGCUGUCGGAGCUGUACGGCCGCCUCCCUGUAUACCACGCCUGCAACGUCGGUUUCAUUGCCUUCGUCGUCGGAUGUGCGUUGGCACCUAAUCUCAACGCCCUUAUCGUCUUCCGCUUCUUCAGCGGCGUGUUCGGAUCCUGCCCUAUUACCAUCGGCGGUGGGUCGAUCGCCGACAUGGUGCCGCAGGAAAGGAGAGCGACCGCCAUCGCCUUCUUCGCGAUCGGGCCUUUGCUAGGGCCCGUCGUUGGCCCCAUCGCCGGCGGCUUUCUGUCGGGCGCGAAGGGCUGGCGCUGGACCUUCUGGCUAUUGGCCAUCGUUGGCGGUGCGCUGGGCCUCGCCGCGCUCGUAGGCAUGAGCGAGACGUACCCUCCGACCCUCCUCGAACGAAGGGCGGCGCGACUCCGAAAGGAGACGGGCAACUCACAGCUGCGCUCCAAGCUUGAACACGGCUUGACCUCCAGCGAGCACUUUAAGCACAGCAUCGUCCGGCCAUUGAAGAUGCUUGUCUUGUCGCCUAUUAUGAUCAUCAUGGCCCUAUAUAUCGCGAUCACUUACGGAUAUCUGUAUCUCAUGUUCACCUCGAUCACUCAGGUAUUCCAGGAGUUUUACGGCUUCAGCACUAGCGUCGUCGGUCUCGCCUUUAUCGGCUUGGGCGUGGGGUCUUUACUAGGCGUGGUAGUUUACACCGUUACUUCGAACAAGAGCAUCCAGAAGAAGACGGCAGAAGCGGACGCGGAGGCCGCGGCGACAGGCGCAAAACCGACGCCACUCAAGCCUGAAUACCGCCUCUCGUCCCUGCCGCUCGGCGCCAUCCUGCUCCCAGCCGGCCUGUUCAUCUACGGGUGGACGGUGGAGUAUCGCGUGCACUGGAUCGUGCCCAUCAUCGGGAUGGGCAUCACGGGCGUCGGCACCAUCAUCAUCUUCAUGGGCAUCCUGGCCUACCUGAUCGACGCGUUCGUGCCGUACUCGGCGUCGGCCAUCGCGGCCAACGCGGUCGUGCGGUCCGUCGCCAGCGCGGUGCUGCCGCUCGCCGGCCUGCGCAUGUACGAGCGCCUCGGCGUCGGCUGGGGCAACAGCCUGCUCGGCUUCAUCGCCGUGCUGUUCGCGCCCGUGGCCUUCCUGCUCAUCCGCUACGGCGAGCGUCUCCGCACCCGGUUCGAGCUGAAGAACCUGUAGGGAGGGGGGGAAGAGAUAGAGAGAGGGUGAGCGAUUGGUUUCCUUGGUUUUUCUUAGGUAGGUAAUCGUAGGCGCGGCAAUAACUCGGCAGGACGGCGUAGAUAGGCUAAAUCACAUGUAAUACUGCAACCAUGGAAUAAUUUACCCGCUCCGGCUCUCGCUCUCGUGGCAACGUGCUCUUGAAACAGGAUGCUGACGGGCUGGACGAUUACGUAGGUAGGUAGUAUUGUUGCUCUGAGGCCCGCGUACUUGGCGAGUGCCUGCAUCGUGGAAC